AUGUCGAUUUGGACUAGAAUGGAGGAGUUUGCCAAGAAUUUCCAAGAUAUUCUUGUUAGCAUUCAGAAAGCUAUAGUUGAUAUUGAAGUCCGUUCAUAUAAUUACGAAGAAAAAGCCAAAAAAACUUAUCAAGAUACAGAGAAAUACGUAACUGAAAUCGAUAACUUCAUUCUAGAAGGAUUCCAACAACCAGAUUUAGAUCAAGAAAAGCAAGCAAGACUUGUUCAAUUUAUGGUCAGUUAUAAACCACAACUUGAAGUGUAUAGAGAGCAAUUAAACUCAUAUAUAGCAACACCUCCACCAAAAUUCGAUUUUGCUUACCACGAAGACGAGAAGGAUGAAGAAAAUAAAGAAUCAAAUACUGAAACAACUCAAGAUAAAGCCGAAGAGUCCGAAAACGAAGAAGAAGGAGAUGUUGAAGAAGAAAAUAAAGAAGGGGAAGGCGCUAAAUCAGAAGAAACUAAACAAGAAACUACAGAACAGAAUCCAACUCCAGAAACUCCAGAAGAAUCAAAGCCUUCAGAUAACAACGAUACAGAAGCCAAAAAUACAUCAGAAAAUCUUGGAAUUCCAGAAGAUGAAUUAAAGGCACUUCCGGAAUUAAGUGAAGAAGAUGAUGCAGAUGAAAACCAAGCUAAAAACAGUCUAAGAGAACUUGCAGACUCCAUGGAGUAA